AUGGCGAGCCUCAACAGCCUGCUCAACCCAGAGAGCAGCCAGGAGCGGGACAUGCGAUUGCAGCAGCAUGCUCAGCAGCAGUCGUCCAGCAGUCCCUCUCCGCCUCCGCCAAAUACCAUGGCGUACGAACGCGCAGCCGCAGAAUCAAACUACUAUGCUCAGACAGAUAUUGUCAUGCGUCCCCACGAAUCACACCCCGACUGCCCCGAUACCCUUGCCUGCCUCCCGGAUACCAACGGCCGGCCACAACAUACCCUCCCCGUCAUUCUGCGAUGUGCUAUCCUCGGGAGCCCGAAGAAAAGGCUGACGAUAAGAGAAAUCUAUGCCGCCAUGGAGAAGAAAUACCCAUAUUACAAAACUGCAGGACCCGCAUGGAAGCAAUCGGUGCGGCAUCACCUGUCCCUGAACCGUCUCUUCGAACGUCAACAACGUCCAGCAACCGAUCCUGGCUUUGGUUCGUAUUGGACCGUCAACCUCGAGGCCCCGCCGGGCACUAAGCGCCCACGGAAGCGCGGCCGUACACAGAAGGAGAUUAUCAUCCAGACCAAUCCUGGUCCCAUGAUUGAGAGGCCAUACAUACCCAUGCAGAUAAGGGUGGAGCAUCACCAGCCCGCUCCUGCGCCACAGCCGCUGCUCCCCUCGCCGCCUCAACAGCGCACCGUACCGCCGCCGCUCCCGCCUCCUCCGCCACCCCGCCGGGAAGACAGCUCGCACAGCACACACGGUACACACAGCACACGCGGCCCUCAUCAACCAGUUGCGUCUGCAUCGUCGACACGUCUUCGUCCGGUGGAUGCUCACUCAUUCCAGACUUCGGCUGUGCGCGGUAGCCCGUAUGACGAUGAGGACGAUGACGAGAUGGAUUGGGGCCCCGGUGGACCACAGACUAUCUCAGACGACGACUUUAGCGAGGACGAGCCGAUGAUUCAUACUACUACCUACCCCCAUUAUCAGUCACCGCUGUCCGCCUCAUCCAGCUCGAGCACGAACACUAGCUACCACCACCCGCCGGCCCACAGCCCGGUCAAUCACACGCAUUCUAUCCACUCACACUCGUCUCACACUAACCAUGCCAUCCAUUCAAGGAGGCCGGGUUUGCAGGGUUCGUUUUCAUCAUCGUACCAGCCGGCGAUCGCGCCACCUCCGGAGGAUCCUGCUGUUACACGCCUCAAACAGGAGAUCGAAGCUUUGAAGCGGCACUCGAGCGAUCAGGAAGCUCUGACGAUUCGGUUAUCGAACUCGUUGACUCGGGCAGAGACGGAUGCCGCCCGGGCGAAGCAAGCUCUGAAGAUGGCCGAUAGCCGUCUUGAGGACGAGACGCGUCGUCGGGUGGAGGCCGAACGAGCAGCCGACGAGGAAGCCCGACUGAGGCGGAUGGCAGAAGAACGCCUCCGGUCGUACCAAAGCCGCCACGGGCUCGCUUCGCUGUAACACGAGUGGUGCGCUAGACUGUCUUUCUUUGAUUUCGGAUGUUCAGAGUCUCUUGGGUUACCAUCUCAUACAAGGGUUUUUGGCCCGGUCCUCAUCCGGGUGGUCCGUUUAUCUUCGUCAAAGUCUUUGUGCAAUAUGCCGUCUACAAUCUUUCUUGCUUGUAUUCUAGUCACGACUCCAUACGAAGCAGCGAUGACUCCUACUCUAUGGCCUUCUUGAAUACAACCAGUUCCAAAUACAUGUGUUUUCGUACAUAAGGGACAGCGUCGAGAUGAGUGAUAAUCGAUAAAGAUUUGUCCGCCCGAAGCCUAUCUCUG